AUGUUGGACUAUAAGAGAGAUAUAGCUAUAUUUAAAGUACAUGAUUUAGUAAGAGAAUUGUGCCUACAAACUGCCAAGAAAGAGGAGUUUUUAUCAGUGUUUGAAACUCCAGGAGCCAUAACAAGGGAGCGUCGGCUUUUAAUCAAUGGAGAGGUGAAUCACGAAAAAAUAACCACGGAUGCCCCAGUCCGUUGUCUGCUAUGCAAUGGAGGCCGUUAUGGUAUAAACAAUCUGAAUGACUUGAAAUUGUUGAGAACGUUGAGUAACGUUGCUACGACAUUCAUAAGUGAGUCUAUUUUUCAGCAAGUUAACUUGCGGUAUCUUAAUGUGGAUCUUGUUUAUAUCCCUCGCUGGAUUCUUUAUUAUCUUCCCUCGUCGAUAUCAUUGCUUUGGAAUCUGCAAAUAUUAACAAUUAUUUUACCAAAUCAAUCAAAAGUAAUUGCACCUUAUGGGAUUUGGGAGAUGCUACAGCUUAGGCAGAUUGAGGUCGACAUGAUUUGUCUCAUUGAUCCUCUGCGCGUGGAUAAAGCAAAUCGCAUGGUUAUGAGAAAUCUAUACACACUUUUGAAAGUGGAGAAUUUCAGGCUUAGUGAAGAGGUUUGCAAGAGAAUCCCCAAUGUGAGAGAACUAGAGUUAUCCUAUUGUGAUGAAGUAAGUUGGUAUUACUGUCCCCGCAAUCUUGGCUGCCUCCAUCAUCUGCAAUCCCUAGUAUUGACGUUCAAUGGCAAUUCCAAGUGGCGUGAGUUCGCUACGAGCCUCACUUUCCCAAGUUCUCUUCGGGUGCUGCGUUUAAGUGGUUGUUGUGGUGUUGAUUGGGAAGAUUUGACAAUGAUGAUUGGAUCAUUGCCCCAUCUUGAAAAGCUUUUCUUGCGACAAAAUUCAGUCAUUGGAUCUGUCUGGACCCCUGUUGAGGGCAACUUUUGUCACUUGAAAACCUUGACUAUUGAUGGUUGUGGUGAUUUAGUUUGUUGGAAUGCUGAUAACUCCCAUUUUCCAGUCCUCAAAUAUCUUUGUCUAAAAGAUUUGUCUAAAUUGAUCGAGUUCCCUUCAGGCAUAGGAGAAAUAGCAACGCUCGAACAUAUUGUGUUGAGAUUUUGCAGCGCGUCUUCGACCAUUUCCGCAAUGAAAACAUUGGUAGAGCAAGAGGAGCUUGGUAAUGAGAGCCUUCGGCUAACUGUAUAUGUUCAGGGUGACGAGGAAACAUUGGAGAGCUUCAAGAAGGAGGUUCAAGAAGAGGGUCUCACCAGCAGUACUAAUCUGUCUCUGCAUUUCAGAACUUCCAAAUAA